AUGGCCAGGGUGAAUGGAAAUGAUCCAGCGAUACGAUCAAAUGAUGAAAGCAUUGCUCGGAUGGAGGCACGUAAACAGUUUGAUGACGAACGUUAUGUAGCAUUCCCGGGUGCUCCCUCCCCGCAACAUAAGGUGUACAUAUCACGAUUACAGGCUAUGCAAUCUGCUAUUGAUACACAACUGAGUAGGAUGGAGAAGCACCAACUGGACAAGCGAGUUGGGGUUGUUGCCUUCAACAACAAGGUGAUAGUAGUCGGUGAUGGUAGCAAGGAACCAGUGAUAUUAAAUGAGGAGCAACUUCUUGAGAAGGAUAUUGUAGUAGAAAUUGGUCGUACUAUUCCGUUACCAGCUCCCAUUUCUCAAGUCAGACGAUGCCUUGAGGACAAAGUUUUCAGUUUAAAUGAGGCCGGACAAACUGCUCUUGGACCAGGUCUUUUGGUGUCUAUUGCAAUGGCAUCACAACGACCAGGUUCAAAGGUGAUUGUAUGCACCGAUGGAAUGGCUAAUAUUGGACUGGGCAGUCUUCUCUAUACAGACACUGAGUAUGAGUAUGAGGCUGCAUCUGUGUUUUACGAAGAGGCCGGAAAAUAUGCUCGCGACAGUGGGUGAACAUUGUACAACCAAAUAACUUGUCCGAGGAGUUUGGGAGCAUCCUGCUAGAUCCGAUAUUAGCUUGCAAGGUUUCAGCGAAGCUGAUAUUACACAAUGGAAUGUAUUUUCGUAACGAGGACACUGAGGGCAGUGUUGUUACUCGUGAUGUAGGUAACGUGACAGCUGAUUCAGAAGCAACUUUUGAAUUUGGUGUUCGCAAAAAACCUGUAAUGCAAGUGCUCUAUGAUAACCUUGGUGGAACGAUGAUUGAAGCAGAAGAAAGUGCAGAGACAGACAUAAAGCUGCAGAUUCGAUAUACAACGCGUACGGGUGCAGAGUGCCUUCGCAUCAUCACGAUGGACAGACCUGUCACAAAGGAUCGCCAGUUUGCUGAGCAGAACUUGAAUGUAGCUGUUCUUGGGACACAUGCUGCACAAUCAACUGCAAAGCUUGCUGUAGAUGGUCUGUACGGGGAGGCUAGACUGAAUGCUAUUGUGACUCAGAAAUUGGUUGAAAGACAUGUGCAACAGAAAGAAGAAGAUGAAGAAGGAAUAUAUCAAGCUUUUGUCAGCAAUUUAGCACCAAUUGACUCAGAACUUAACAGAGUUAACAGUGGCACUGAAAAUCAAGAAAUCACUGCAAGUCCAAGUGAGGAGGAAGAAGCUGUGACUUCAAAAUACAAAAAAGACAAGAAAAAGCGCUACUCAAAAAAGGCUAAGCUAAGGCGGAAGAAUGUAACAGAUCGGCAAGCUAGUAUCUUUUACAAAACAAAGAAUGUGACGGGGAAAGCAUUUGAUGUUUAAAGAAAACAGAAUAUUCUAACAAACUGUUCACUGGUUUCAACUUAAAUUUUAUACAGUACAUGUGUAUUUAACCAUGUAGAUGAUUCAAUAUGUUUCUCUAUAUUUUAGAAUAGACUUUAUGAAAUUUCAAUAAAUGAGUACAUAAAUUUUAUGUUAAUUUAUAACAGUUUGAGAUUUACAGAUUAAUAAAUUACUGUUAUUUUACCAAUUGUUUGUGUUACAGCCAUAGAUACAUAUCUAGUAGAAAUUGUUUUUAAUCUUUUGUAUAAACUGAAUUCCUUUGAAUGCUGUAGUUUGUAGAACAUAGCAAAAUAACCACAUAUAUUUUGAUGUAUGCCAUAACAGAGAACACCCUCCAAAAAGGAAACUUCAGCAUUGUAAUACCUAUAUUUAAGAUCAUAUAUAUAGUGUUUAUAUUAUAUUAUAUGCAUUAUAAAAGUAGAUGGCUUAUAUUUAAAUUUUAUUUUUAAUAUAUACACCUUGAGAUGUUUUCAUUCCAUAGCUUUUGUAAUGAUUUAAUUUGUAAAUAUUGAAAAUCAAUUAACUCUUAAAGUUAAUCAGAAUAAUUUAUAAUUUAUUUAAGCAAAUAUAGUCGGGUUUUGAAGCCGAAGGAGCCAUUAUUUCCUGAAAAAAUUGCCUGCGAGGGUUUUGAUGGAAAUCUUUGAAGGAAGUAAUGGUUCUUAAGGCUUCUAUUUCCUAUAUUGUACGAAAUUACUCGACUUGAAUUGCUUUAUAAGUUAGUUUUCACAUUUUCUGUAACUUUUUAUAUUCAAACUGCUGGUUGUAGAGUGGUUGCUAUAGGCCCUAUAUCAUAAAUCCAUCAAAGUGAUGGUUGCUCAGUGAUCACUCUGCGUGUGCAUUAGCUGCGCGUGUUGCAAUGAUUUGGGUAAUACCAAGUAGUAUGUACACUGACACUCUCCGCACAGCUCUUUGCGAUACUUGGCAAAUCCGACAUAAAUAUUUGAAAUAAUGCUUCAUAAACUUAUUCUCAAUACAAGGUUUAGGAAGUGAACAAAAAUCCUGGUGUCACAGGAUUUGAACUUAGAACCCUAGUAUUAGAAGGCAAGCAUCUUACCCACCAAGCCACAUUUCUACUAUUUAGCACUUUUUAAAUACUACUGGUGGGAUUAGGACCAGAAGAGCGCUUAAGAGACUUGUUAACCAGGUUAUAGGAACGUGGGGUGGAGGUUUAAAGGCAGUGAUUAUGAUGCUUGUAAAUUUUAAAUAUGCAUGGUCCUGUUUUUACUAACUGUGUACAAAAGUUUUUUAGUCUUUCAAAAUUUAUUACAGAGUAAAAUGUAUUUUAGAGUUUCCUGAUAUUACGAUACCAUUAUGGAAAUAUCAAUUUGGCAAUAGAUUGCUUUAUAGAUUAACUGAGGAUUAGAUGUUAAUUAAUACAGUAUUAACACCAAACUUUAAUAAGUGCCUUCUUAUUUUUGACCUUGAAAUAUAUUUAAUUUGUAGGACUGAAAUAUUUGAUUUUGGAAUAAUAUACUAAAGGUGUAAUUAAUUUAUUAAUUAAUGUUUGUCUAAACUAUGUGAUAAAGUUUUAUUGAUCUGUAUAUAUACUCAAAUAAAACUUUAAAAGUAUUAUAUUAAGUACUGUAUAUGGUCUUGUACUAUUUUGGAACUACUAAAAUGUAAUCUUUGUUUUGUUUAUUGUAUUAAUAUUAUUCACAUACAAUAAUCAAUUUAACAUGU